AUGGGGAAUUUGGAGAGGGUCGGGUGGAUUAUAGUGGAGUGUGCCUGCAGGAUCCUUGGUGUUUCUACGGCAACAGUGUUGUGUGCUGUGGGAGUGGAGACCCUGAAACAAGGAGAAUUCAGUAGCCUCGGCAUCUACCUAGUAGUGUCAUCUGUUGGCAUCAUGAUGUUUGAGCUGGCCUAUUUCCUGGACACAAUUCUGUUCAUGUGUCUGCCCUGUCCUCCAGACUGGCAGCUGUUUGUGUUGUGGGGGAAGAUGGCUCGCAUUGGAGGCUUCCAUAAAUUCCUCUAUUACUCCAUAAUGUCAGUGGUCUGCUUCUUGCACCCUGUGUUGGUGUGGCAUGCAAUCAUCCCAGGGACAAUGCUUCUGUUGACAGCCUUUUUCAACUUCAUACUAAGCAAGAAAACAAAGAACAAAUCUCCCAAAAGACCACAAGAGAGCCACAGCGACCAAGGCCCAACCACUGUCUGUAUGGCAGAAGGGGCCGCCUCAAACGGCACGGUCUCAUUCCUCCACGUGGUGACAGGAAGGAGAGGGGGAGGACUGGCUCUCGCAACCAGAGACCGCUGCCUUGGUCCAGCAGAGAGAGGAGAGAGCGUCCAGGCCAUGCUGGAGCUGGAGCAGACAACAGCACCUAAAGGCACAGACAGGGAGAGGAGGAGGUGGAAAGAGAGGAGACUAAUCUGCUUGAGAGGUAGGGAGGAGCCUGCCGAGAGAGAGAUGGAGGAGAUGGACAGUUACUGUGAGCAAGAGCCAGACACCACCUCAGACACUGCGCCUAUGAUUACUGACUGAACGUCCCUCUGUGCUCAGACUGAGCUCCUUACUGAUAUCACACAAAGGAAAGCAUGUCUAAUGUAUUCAUACUGACUGAGUGCAAC